GUCAGAGAGGCAGCAGGGGAGAAAAAGUGUGACAACUGAGACGAGGGAGCAGAAGCAGACCGGAGGGCGAGGAUGGACGUGUGAGGGGGAAACAGCAGACUCUGUGGAAAAAUAAAGCUUCAAUGAACGCGUGGCUGCUGGUGACGCGGUGGACGGAGUUCAGCCCCCCCCCACAUCACUACUGGAAGGAAAUAACCACCGUAGGACGACUCUGACAUGAUGUGGACAACAACUGUCCUCCUGUUGCUUUUGCCUCAUCUGCUCUCCUCCGCAGACACAGGAAGCAGCACUGAUUUUAACCAAUCAGAAAUAGUGAAUGAGGACUUCUCUGAUGCUCCAGUCAAAGGCCAGAAACCUCUGGGAGGGGUCAAAGGUCGGGACACAUGCUCCAUCCCGUGUGACAUCACCGUCAAGCUGCUACGGGAUGAGAAGCAUUCAAUCUGUGGUCAGUUGCAGCAGUCCCUGUUGGCGUUUGGACGCAGCACCCGGAAGCUGAUGAGGGAUGUGAUGGAGGAGCAGCAGAGAGCCCUGGACAUCCUCAGCAGUCAGGUCACGGAGCUGAUGGCCAAAGUGCAGACGCUCAGCUCCGAGGUUCAGAGAGGCAACACUGAGAUGUACUCCAUCAAGCCCGUGCAAUCCCACGGACGAGACUGCAGCGACAUCAAGGAUAAUCUUGUGUCGGUCGUCCCCAAGAUCCCCAGUGGUAUUUACAUCAUCCACCCGGAGAACACAGACUCUUCGUUUGAGGUUUUCUGUGAGAUGGACUACAUGGGGGGUGGUUGGACGGUGAUCCAGCGGAGGACCGAUGGACUGACUGACUUCAAACGGCCCUGGGCUGAUUAUGUCGAUGGCUUUGGACACCUUGCAGGAGAGCACUGGUUGGGUCUGAAGAAAGUGUUUCAUAUAGUGAACCAGAAAGACACUCGGUUCCAGCUUCACAUGGCUCUGGUCUCCACCGAUGAUGUCACCUCUUAUGCGUCAUAUGACGAUUUCCGCCUGGACAGUGAAACCCAGUUCUUCAGUAUACACCUGGGCAGAUACGCAGGCAGCGCAGGUGAUGCAUUUCGUGGCUACGAGCAGGAGCAGAACCAGGACACGGCUCCGUUCAGCACCUCGGACGUGGACAACGACGGCUGCAAUCCCUCCUGCUCCAUCAACAACCGCACGGUGGAGAGCUGCAGCGCCCAGCACAACCAGACGGGGUGGUGGUUCAACCAGUGCGGCCUGGCGAACCUCAACGGCUCCCCUGAGGAUGCGGAGCAGAGCCGCGGACAGAGGAUGCACAUCCUGUGGGACACCUGGAGACAGAACGGGAUCCCUCACACCAUCAAGUCUGUCACGAUGAAGAUCAGGAGGAUUGCGACCAAUAAUUGAUGGAGGAGAAGGAGGAGGAGGAGGAGGAACUGAGGGUGGAGAGAGGAAAGCACACAUUAUAUAGGUUGCACUGCAUCUUUGUACAACAUGAAGUUUAAAUAAAACAGGAAUUUGGGAUUUUUGUCAUGUUAUGUCCGUUUAUUCCCUUGAGCAAUGUCCGCAAGACAUUGAAACUACAACUGUAAUCUCUAAAAAAACACAUUCCACUCUAGUACUGUAGCUCAUGAACAGAUUUAUUUUGUGCAGACUGCACAUCUGCAGUGACAAUAAGGUAUUUUAAAUUUGGGCUCUGGACAUCAUCAUUAACAUCCCAUCAAGCUCUGCACCGAGAGCCUGCAAGCGGAAUCUAAGCGAAAUUCAGGCUGAGACUAAAGUAAAUAUAAUUUUCCCUUUUAAAAUUUCCUCUGCUGCAUCUGCCAUGCCAAAAUGUUCUCUUUGCACAGUUCUAUUAUCAGAAGAGCCAUGAAAUGUCCCAUUUCCAUUUGUGCUCAUCAGAGGUAGAAAUUAGAUCAGAACACCAUUUUCCUCGAGAAACUUCCUUACAUUACUCUAUCUGCUACGGGUGAGACUCCAAGAACUCUGAAAGUUUUGGUAAAUGUUAUUUGAUCUAUUAAAAGAUAUCAUCUUCUGGCUGUAGUUAGCAGUGCAGCCUCCAGGGGACACUAGAAGGGCUCCAUCUAUAAGCAACAUUAUGUAGAAAUUGGCACCGCACACUCUUAAAUACAAAUCCCAGGUCUGUAAGAAUUUGUCACAUGUAAUGUAAGUACAAACAAAGCUCAUUACAUCGUAACAAUGUUAUGCAUUGAAUACCUGUUGAAGUUGAAGUAAACAUGUAUGUAACGCUGAGAUGUGACCCUCUCGCUGGAGUUACACGGUGCAGUGACAAGUGAUGGAGACAGAGACACCAUUCACCCUGUUACAAGACACGGUACCUUCAAAUUGAUUUUGAAGCUGUUAUUUUAAGGUAAAAAUGUUACAUAAUGUUGCUUUAAGUAAAAUAAAUAUGACAAAAAUGUAAAUGUCAGUGUCAAAAUCUUACUUAUGCAAAAGUAUGUUGUAUUAGAAAUGGAUUUUCUGGCCUCGGCUGGACAAUAAAGAUAAAGCAAA